AUUUGUGUGUUCAUCUCUUAGGUCGUCCGCACAGAGAAAAACAGCCUGAACAACCGGUUCCUACCAUGGGACGAGAUCGAGACGGAGGCCAUCCUGUCCAUUGACGACGAUGCUCACCUUCGCCAUGACGAGAUCAUGUUUGGAUUCCGCGUCUGGAGAGAGGCAAGGGACCGCAUCGUUGGCUUCCCGGGGCGCUACCAUGCGUGGGACAUCCCCCAUCAGUCCUGGCUCUACAACUCUAACUAUUCUUGCGAGCUCUCUAUGGUGCUCACUGGUGCUGCCUUCUUCCACAAGUACUACGCCUACCUGUACUCCUACGUGAUGCCACAAGCCAUUCGUGACAUGGUGGACGAAUACAUCAACUGCGAGGACAUCGCCAUGAACUUCCUGGUCUCUCACCUGACGAGAAAACCUCCCAUAAAGGUGACCUCCCGCUGGACUUUCCGCUGCCCCGGGUGCCCCCAGGCGCUCUCGCACGACGACUCUCACUUCCACGAGCGACACAAGUGCAUCAACUUCUUCGUCAAGGUGUACGGGUACAUGCCCCUCCUGUACACCCAGUUCCGCGUGGACUCGGUCCUCUUCAAGACCCGCCUGCCCCACGACAAGACAAAAUGCUUCAAGUUCAUCUAAAAGCGGGAGGCAGCUGGGUGCCCUCGGCACUCCCAACAUCGGCCGGAGGCGGGUGAGGGCAGAGGGUGGCUUUUUUGAUGGGGCUGCGAGUGCAAAACACCUUUUGCUAUUGACUCCGGCCUCCCCCCACGGAGCAAAAGGGACGUCCUGGAU